AUGGUUCUCAUUCUCUUGAUCGCCAUACCUCUAUUGGUCCACAGCACUAAAGGGGGAGGAGCUGGAAGUGCAGGAAGUCAUUAUGAAAUGCUUGGCAGUUGUCGGAUGGUCUGUGACCCCUAUACCCCCUCGCAACAUGGCCAGGAAUUGACGGCUGUCUCCCCGCCGCCUCCAGAUUUCACAAGCCGAAGAGGAAAGUCUGGAUACAGAGGGCCUCCAGGGAUCCCAGGACCACCCGGCCCCAGAGGACCCCCUGGGGAGCCUGGAAAGCCUGGUCCACAAGGACCUCCAGGACCUGGUCCUGAUGGUUAUGUGUCCUCAUACAGCCCGAAAAUCGCUUUCUAUGCAGGCCUGCGCAAACAGCAUGAAGGCAGUGACGUGCUCAAGUUCGAUGACGUGGUCACCAAUGUGGGUAACUAUUAUGAACCCACCACUGGCAAGUUCACUUGUCCCCUUCCUGGUAUCUACUACUUCACCUACCAUGUUCUUAUGAGAGGAGGAGAUGGAACCAGCAUGUGGGCAGACCUCAAGAAAAAUGGGCAGGUGAGGGCCAGCGCCAUCGCCCAGGACGCCGAUCAGAAUUAUGACUACGCCUCCAACAGCGUGAUCCUGCAUUUAGAUGUAGGGGAUGAGGUGUGUGUACAGCUGGAUGGGGGCAAAGUCCACGGGGGAAACACCAACAAAUACAGCACCUUCUCUGGGUUCCUCAUCUACCCCGACUGACUACCCUCCAAACCUACCGCCCUGUCACCCCACAAUGCUGCUCAAAACACUCUCAAACACUCUCUUUCUCUCUCUCUCCCAUUCUCUCUCUCUCUCUCUCUCUCUCUCACACACACACACACACACACACACACACAGACACACACACGCACACACAUCCAUACACUGAAUAGACUUGAAAGGAGGGACAUGCACAUGGUUUGAUGAUGGCUGGAAGAAGGGCUUCACAGACAUGAUCUCAUGAGCAAACUCUUACUUUCAUUGAGCAAGUGCAUUUUCUGACAAAUUGUUUGUAUGUGUAUGCAAAUUAUGGAUAUAUGCUAUACCUAUACACCUACAAGUUUCCAAAAAAAGUGUAUAAUAGAUAUUGCGUAUAGAAAUAUAUCUACCGGAGUGCUACCCUUCCUCAGUGUUUGCGGCAUUAGGUGUACGUGUUGAAGUCCAGUCAUAUUUGUGUGUCAUUGGAUGCCUAAUUCACCUCAAUGAGAUUGUACUCGGGUGUCUGCUGGAGGCUGCACACAAGGUUGCAAAGUCGAAGGCCUAACAUGCUUUGCUGAAUUCGAACACUGCUGUUACACCUGGCUGAGAUUUGGUGGGAAUUAUUUCACAGGGGUUAUUUUCACUAACAUGCGGACUGAUUGAAUAGCAUCGCACAACAGGAAUUCGAUACAAUGACAUAUAUAUGCGUGCACACACCACUGUGGGCCUGUGAUUAAUCUAAGUCCCCUGGUUCAAUUAAUUUGACUUAAAGUGACCGCUUUGGCUGUCUGUGUGGAAUUGAAAAUAUGGCCUGUGCAUGUGGAUAUACCAGGGGUAAGAUCGAACACACAAUGGCUGGCCACGAUUCUGAGUUGCGUGAGCAUGGAUUUCCAAUAUGUCUAAGCACACCGGUCCAGACUACAACAUUAAUAUAUUGACUUAGACUGAUAAUACCCUAUCUCUAGCUUCACUACAUUCAAUGUCUUAAUCAUAAGACUUAGUAGUUCCUUUAUUAUUGUGUUUAAAUAGCUUCUUAUGGGCAUUGCUCAAAACAGGAGGCCAUUUUUGCAAAUAAGGUGGUACAUGUAAAAAUAAUGCAUCAGUUUUAACUUAAACCAAGUUGUUUUAUUGCAGAAAGUAGCUGCACGUGGUGCAUUACAUACUUGUCAUGUGGUAAUACGGAUCUAUUGACUGCCAAAUAAAUAAAUAAAUAAAUCUUUGAAAUAUUAAAUUAGCUUUGAAAAAUGACAAAUAUCUGUUAGCAUUUAUCUGUAACAUUUUCAAAAGAAUGAAUAAUGUAAUUGUAUUGUGUCAAUAUUAUACAGUCUUUUAUAUUGAUCUUACAUUUCCAUAGUGUCUAAUAAUAGCACUUUAAAUUGUCCAGUGUUAUUACAUCUAUGAACAUUUCACAAAUCAUCUGGAACUAUUUUAUCCCAGCUAAAUCAGUUCAAGCUUAACUAAAGUGACCAUGGUCAGAUAACAAUGAACUUGUCUAGAAAAUAAAAUUAGUUUUUUCUGUAAAUUGCUUAUUUCAGAGAUUAUAUACAUCAAAGUGUUUGAAACAUCAAGCUCUCCUGAGUGUGUUUGUGUGUGUGCUCGUAUGUGUGAGUUGUGAGUGACAUUGUCUUCCUUUUUGGGCAGAAAUGCUUCAUUGAUAAGAAACCUCAGUGUUUCUGCUGUGUUUUCUGUCUCUUCCGAAUUGUGUGCCAUUCCACCUUACACAUCACACAUCAGCAGGAUAUUUAUGGCUGAUUGUGGAAAAAUCUUAUAGUAAUUCUGUACAAGGCCUGGUAGGGGUUGUCACAAGACAAGUCAAGCCAUGUGCAAAUACAAAGACAUGCAAAUACACAAGACAUCAAUACAUCUAUAAACAAGCUGCAUUUCCUCCUCAUAAACUCUAUAAUAAAGAAUGUUCAAA